AGAAGUGAUGACGUGGCGGCUGGACAGCGCGGAUUAGCAGCUUAGCAUGUGGAGUGUAAAUGAAGAGAAUUGCUGUGUUUAUGGUUUGUGUUGUGCUGUUUAAGGAUGAAGCCGGGAAGCCGAGGUGCGGUGGUGUGCUGCUGUGUGGUUUUGUUGGCGCUGGUGCGGGAAACGCAGUGCGGUGACGCUCCCGGUGAGCUGCUGCCGGAGCGCACGAGACCGGAGGAAGAGAAGACUGAGGGACAACAACAACAAACACAAACAUUCAGCGGAGGAGGAGAAAACAACGGACAAAAUGAAAACCCAGAACAACAAAUCGACUCGAACAGAAUAAAUGCCACAGAAGCACCCAGCAAUGAAACCACGCCCAUUGCCAAGGCGACGACCUCAACCACGCCCAUGGUCAAGCCCAUCCUGCCGGUUCAGACGGGGGUCAAAGCACAGGAGGAGGAGCAGUCGAGCGGCAUGAGCAUCUUCUUCAGCUUGCUCGUCAUCGGAAUCUGCAUCGUAUUGGUUCACCUGCUGAUCAAGGUCAAGCUGCACUUCCUGCCCGAGAGCGUGGCCGUCGUUUCACUGGGAAUCCUGAUGGGAGCGGUUAUCAAGAUCAUCGAGACUCAGCAGCUGGCCAACUGGAAGGAAGAGGAAAUGUUCAAGCCCAACAUGUUCUUCCUCCUCCUGCUGCCUCCAAUCAUCUUUGAGUCGGGAUACUCGCUUCAUAAAGGAAACUUCUUCCAGAACAUCGGCUCCAUCUCCUUAUUCGCCGUCAUCGGGACGGCCAUAUCCGCCUUCAUCGUCGGGGGAGGGAUCUACUUCCUGGGACAGGCAGAUGUUAUUUACAAGAUGACCAUGACAGACAGUUUUGCAUUUGGUUCUCUGAUCUCAGCGGUGGAUCCCGUAGCCACCAUUGCCAUCUUCAACGCUCUGAACGUGGAUCCGGUCCUGAACAUGCUGGUGUUCGGCGAGAGCAUUCUCAACGACGCCGUGUCCAUCGUGCUCACCAAUACGGCAGAGGGCUUCACCGGCCCACACGCCUCGUCUGUAACGGGAUGGCAGACGUUCCUGCAAGCGCUCGGUUACUUCCUGGAGAUGUUCUUCGGCUCGGCUGCUCUCGGCACGCUCAUCGGCCUCAUCUCCGCCCUCUGUCUGAAACACUUUGACAUGAGGAAGACGCCGUCUCUGGAGUUCGGCAUGAUGAUCAUCUUCGCCUAUCUGCCGUACGGUCUGGCUGAAGGGAUCAAACUGUCUGGAAUAAUGGCCAUCCUGUUUUCAGGGAUUGUGAUGUCUCACUACACUCACCAUAACCUGUCUCCUGUAACGCAGAUCCUCAUGCAGCAGACGCUCCGCACCGUCGCCUUCAUGUGUGAAACCUGUGUGUUUGCCUUUCUUGGUCUCUCCAUUUUCAGUUUCCCACACAAGUUUGAGUUUUCUUUUGUUAUCUGGUGUAUCGUUUUGGUUCUUCUCGGUCGAGCAAUAAACAUCUUCCCCUUGUCCUUCUUCCUGAACUUCUUCCGCGACCACAAGAUCACCCCGAAAAUGAUGUUCAUCAUGUGGUUCAGUGGCCUGAGGGGGGCGAUCCCGUACGCGCUGAGCCUCCACCUCGGCCUCGAGCCCAUCGAGAAGCGGCAGCUCAUCGGCACCACCACCAUCAUCAUCGUGCUCUUCACGAUCUUAGUAAUGGGGGGCGGGACCAUGCCCCUCAUCCGCAUCAUGGACAUCGAGGACAGCAAAUCACGGAACAGGAACAGGAACAAGAAGGACGUCAACCUGAGCAAGACGGAGAAGAUGGGUAACACGAUAGAGUCGGAGCACCUCUCGGAGCUGACGGAGGAGGAAUACGAGGCUCAGAUUGUGCAGCGGCGUGACCUGAAGGGCUUCCUGUGGCUCGACGCCAAAUACCUCAAUCCCUUCUUCACUCGCCGACUCACACAGGAGGAUCUGCUGCAUGGGCGAAUCCAGAUGAAGACUCUGACCAAUAAGUGGUACGAGGAGGUGAGACAGGGUCCAUCCGGCUCUGAGGACGAGGAUGAUGAAGCUGAACUCCUCUAAAUCUCUCACACACACACUUCUACUGAAUGUUGUACAUGGGCUGUACCACUGAACCGAGUCACUGGAAUGCGCCAAACCCCCCACAGUCAGGGGGAGUGAACUCAGUGUGGGAUCGAGGUGUGCUUUGGAUCAGCACCAGAAAGAAAGUAAACGCUUUUUCAUCUAAAGAAGGGAAGGAUUUCACAUCAAAAGGAACGUUAAUGCAAAAACAAUAGCGGAUUUAUUUCUGUAUUUCUUUAUUUCUACAUUACGACAAAAACAGCAUCAUAGCAAGUGAAAACAUCUGGAGUGAAGCUAAAUUUAUCCGUGUGUGUGUUGGCACAAAGAAGUGUAACCUCCUCUUCUGUUCCAGUUUCACCUCGAACUGUUCCAAAGCGCUCACACUGGAGACUCCUUCCAGAAAUGUCAAACACACACGUUUUCAAUCUGUUUAUUUAUUACUAGUGCACCAUCCGCCCUGCAACUGUGCUGUUACUAUAGAAACAGUAGCGUACUAGAACAGUGCAUUAAUAUAAACCUGUGAUUUUCAGCUGCACUAUUUUAAAGAACACUAAUCAACUCUUCAACACCUUCCGACCAAUCAGAAUCCAGAAUUCGACAGUGCUGUGCUGUAAUGAGUUUUACAGAAAGCUCUGUCUAUUCCAGAUUUUUAUUUUUGGCUGUUUUUCUGAGAUGUUGAAUGUAUGCGUGCACGUCCAAGUGAUGGCAUUUUAUGCUUAUUAAUUUGAUAUUAAUUUCUGUUAAAUUAUAUGUUAAUUUAUGUUGAAUCUUGCUACUGAAUCAUUUUAAUCAGCUGAUGAGGGUUUGCUGGUGUAAGAUUACACACACAGGGACGUCAAGCAGCCAGGGUUGGUUUUUUUUUUUUUGGUGGGGGGGGGUGGGUGAAGGUGAAAAUAUAUCAGUUAAUUAUUAAUUAACCUUUAAAUUAGUUUUGCAUUUUAAAUGGAAUAUUAAGAAUUUAUUCAGCGUAAAUUCAGAGGGUCUUUGGGGUUUUUCUGUUUUCCUCUCAGCUGUCACUGAAUUCAGAUUUUAUAAAAUAAUGAAGGGCGUGGCUAAAAUGAAGGAAAGGUAAAGACAUUGUAGCAACAAGACAUUGUUUUGGAUUUUAUUAAUGUUUGUUUGUUUUUCUUCAUUAUUACUGCUGGUGUAUAUUCCUGUACGAUAUUAUCAGUAAUGAAAAAUAAGUGAUAUGAAUUUAAACCUCUGCCUGUCGAACAGUUACAGAAGGUUUUGCUGUGCAUUUUAGUUUUGCUCCAUGAUGAGCCCACUUCUCAUUUCUAAUCUUUUAGAAGUCUGGUAUUUAUUUGUAGAUAAAUGGACAUCGGUUUUAUAAUUUUCCUUUUCCAUGGGGGACCUAAACAUUUGCACUCCACUCCAUGUGUCGCAUGCUGACGACACACAUGGACAAUCACGGACCUGGGAUUUUUCAGUUAGUGGAAUUUUAACAAAGCCAAGACGUUUUAUUGUACAGUUUUGUACCGAGUCUUCUAGCUGCUGUUUACACGCCGCCGCUGCGUCCGAACGGCGUAUUUAAUUUUUGAAGAAGGAUUUUUAUUAGAUUAUCACUUCAGGUUUCUGUUCUCCUGCUCAUGGGUAAAAUUUCAGUUUUCUGAAAACACUGUCACUGAAAUUUUAAAUAAAUAAAUUCAUUACAAAA